AUGUAUUCAACACGAGGUAAUCGCAAGGUCUUGCCCAACUACCUCUUGGACGACUAUGUGCCCUCUUCCGACCCGAAGCCGCCCAUCAACAAUGGCAUGAGAAGCUCUUCGCUUCACGUAGCUUCGGAAGCCUUGCAACGCCAUCACCAUCCUGGCGUCGGACCAAGCAACAGUUCGGCUGACGGAGGCGGUGGAGAAAGGGGCGAUGCCUCCAGCAUUGGACUCCUACCACCAAGAAAGAAGAAGCUGAGGCAAGCCUGUAUCUACUGCCGAAGAUCGCAUCUCGUCUGUGAGGACAAGAGGCCAUGUCAUCGCUGUGUGAAGCGCGGUAUCGCAGAUCGAUGUGUGGACCCUCCACAAGACGGCCAGCCCUUGCAAGAUGGUGGCUGGUUUGCCGGUCAAGAGACAGGCUCGAAUGCAGGCUCUAUCAAGGACGCCUUUGUGUCUCCUCCGCCGCCUUCCGCAGGUCCAGGAACCGCGCGACCGGGCAGCGGCGCUUUAUCAUCGACGUUGAUGGGCACGGAUAUGACGAGACUGGACAGUGGACAAAGACGUAAGAGGAAGGCAAAGACAGAAGUGCCGCACCAACACAUCAACGAUGUUGACCGACAUGGUGAUAACAGACCAUCUGGCGCUUACGAAUUCAGCAAUCCAGCGAGCUUGUAUACUUCAACGCCCACCCAUGCACAUGCGAUCCCCACCUCGACGGCGACUAGCCAAGGAUCGUUGCUGAGUAGCGCCAUGCCUCAUCACAGCGCCGCUCCUUUCUCCACAAUGCCGAUGCAAGCCGAGUUUUCGACGGCAGCAAGGGCUGCAAAUUCGCAGCUCUUGCAGGGUCAGCCAAUCUUUCAGCCGCCAUCAUCGGCAGAGUUGGACUCGCUCUUCUCGGCUUACUUUUUCGAUGUCGCAGAUGCCUUCAACCCUCGGCCAGCCAACAUGUGCCACCAACAAGGAAUGCAUCCUCCUCAGUCCAUUGGUCAACCAGGCCCUCUCUUCCAGCCACAACAUGCAGAGCAACAGCGCAGUAUUCCAUCGACGCAUCCUCAGCACCAUCCUAGCAACCAGAUCGCUGCAGGGAGUCUGAUGCACGCAUCGCAUGGUCACCACAUUGAUCCUUCUGCUGGACCUUGCAUGGAUCAGCACAAUCCUCGGCGAUACAAUGGAGCGCCAACGCACUCACAGCAGAUGCGGCCGCAUCCUGCGGGCACGGGUGAUGCCUCGAAUGUUGACCUCUCCUCGAUUGGUGGCACCAACGCUGUUCAUGCCAAUGUCACAAACACUGGCGCAAUUCAGCCAGCUCCUGUCAAGGAUCGGAGGCGUGGCAAUAGCAACCCUGGCCAUCAAGAUCGAGAUACGUCAAAGGCAGUGGCACCCGUGACGGGACAGAAUCCAGGUGAUGUGUACGCGCCAUAUCCAUACCGCAAAGGCUACGCCUCACUGAUGCGAUACAUGACGGAGCAAAGCUGGUCCGAAGAGUCGAUCAGGUCGGUUGAGGCGGCGUUGUCCAAGGUGAGGCGGCUCUGGUUCUCUUUGGAAGACAACAUUCAGCCAUCGAGCAUGAUCCAGUUGCAGGCAGAGUGGGCCGGAAACGUGCGCUACUUCUCCGAGUCGGUGGUGCCAUUCACGCCUGUUCCUAUGGUAGUGUGUCGCAAAGCCGGCGAGGUUUAUGCCUCAAAUCAGCUAGCUCAGGACCUGUGUGGAAGGCGGAGAGAGCAACUGAGCGGAGGUAAGAUGUCGUGCUACGAGCUCAUGACUGAAAGCUCGGCGUCCGAAUUCUUCCGACUAUACGAGACUGCAGUGGGUGGGAUGCAAGCCGAGGAUGGAAGCUACGUGCCAACGGUUGGAAAGACGGCGCCCCUCUACUGGAACGCCGAGAUUGUGCGGCAAAAGGAUGAUGGCAGUAGGUCCACUGUGCCUACACGUGGCGUGUUUGAGAUGAAGAUCGCGCCGUGCGGCCUUCCCUCUCUGUUGGUCGUUUGCUUUGUUCCUCUCUCGUAG